UGACUUUUAUUCUCUUAAGAGCACUGUGUGCGUUUCAUACCCGAUAGGGGGUUAGCUUCGUAACAAUCUGGCAACACGGCGACUCCCAUCUGUCAGAAAUCCUCCUGGAAGGCUAGCGUCACCUGGCUACACCGGUCUAUUCUAACAUCAUCCGAGUGUACCUCAUCGUCCUAUACACGAACCUCGACCAGGACAUGGGGUCCGCUGAGAGUAGCACCAGGAGGGUCUCCUUCGGAGUGGACGAGGAAGACCGGGUCCGGAUCCUGAGAGGGGUCAAGCUGACGGAGGACGUUCUUCAGAGGAUGAGAGGGGUGGCCCACAUGGCACCCAGCCCCCCUUCAACCCCCACGGCUAGCAGCCAGCCAGACCCAGCCAGCAAGCCCAAAGAACCAGGCCCCUCCAGCCGGCCCAGCCCAAAGCCCGCUCCCAGGCCACAUCCCGCCCCGCAGCCCCCGGCUCAGCCUGCAUCCCGCCCCACCAGCCCCAAGACCUCCAGGACCGCCAGCCCUAAGCCCACCCCUAACGCUAACGCUAAUGCCAGCGCUAGCGCAGCGGAAGAGAAGAAGAGGUACGAGCGACAGCAGCAGAUCAUGGCAGAGGAGUUGGCCAAGGUGGCGAAGAAGGAGCGGGAGGCGGCGCGGGAGGAGAUGAGCGCAGUGCUGAGGGGGGAGCGGCUGAUGGCCUUACAGGAGAGCGAGAAGGCCCAACAGCUGCCUCCAGCAGAGCUCCAACUUCUGGCCAAGCGGCUGCAGAAGAAGGAUGCAGAUCUGAAAGUCAUGGACGCCUUCUACAAGGAACAACUGGACCUGCUGGAGAAGAGGGCGUGA